GACGGCGGCUUUCUUACUUCAACUCUCUCAAUCGCGCUCGGCGCUGAGGCUUCACAAUGCCGGCUUGCGAUUCCAUAUGGCAUCGCGCAGUUCUCGCUGCGCUAUGUGUGAGCAUUGCGCGGGCUACUGAUUGCUACUACCCCAAUGGUAAAGUAUCCCCAAAUGCCAAUGACCAACCCUGCAGUACGGCUGAAGGCUCGGCAUGCUGUCCGGAGAAUUGGCAAUGCUUGGAUAACGGAUUGUGCUAUUAUCCCCCAGAAGAUUACUACGGAAGGUAUGGGUGUACGGACAAAACAUGGGGUAGUCCGUUGUGUCCGAGUAAUGUGUGCACACAUGACCUCACCGCCGUAGGCGACGAAGCCCUCCUCCAAUGCUCCAACCACAACGACCAAUGGUGCUGCGACGGCGACGGCACCCACGUCCACUGCUGUACAGACGACAACAUCCAAUACUUCGACAUGCCCGAAGGCAAAGCGUACGCUACCGUCGGCGGCGGCUCAACCCCCUCGUCCGCGCCCACCGUCAAUACAUUCGGCCCUGCUUCCUCCAGCGUAACAUCCUCCCCGUCUCCACCGUCUUCUUCCUCCUCCCAACAUGCCUCUGCCGCCGCGUCCUCCGAAGCCUCGAGUUCCUCAACUCCAAAAUCCUCAUCAAAAGCCGCCGGCAUGACAUCAGUCCGCACCUCCAUCUCCUCCGGCUCCAGCGGCGUCGCCACCGUCUUCAUCACCAUCCCACCCUCGUCCGCUCCCACCACCACCACUUCUUCCACCUCCGGAAAGGGUUCCCACACCGGCCUCAUCAUCGGCUGCGCUGUCGGCGUCCCAGUCGGCCUAGCCCUGAUCGGCCUGCUCACGUUCUUCCUUCUCCGGCGCCGCAAGACCGGCGCUGCCACAGCUCCAGGCGCUGAUGGCAGAUCAGGCACUGUAAAUUCAGCGUCCGAAAUCUACAAGUCUGAGAUGGCGCCCGCUGAGUACGGUCCGGCGCCGUCUGAGCUCGCGGGCAACCCAAUCGGGACGGCAAGGCCUGUGAGUAUGCUGCCGGGCAAGGCGGAGCUGGUAGGGGAGGGGACUUUGAUGAGGCCGAGUAGUGAGAGUGGGGGCACGGCGCCGCCGGGAUAUGAGGCUGCGGAGGGUAUGGGCGGGGCCAACGUGACACAGGGCGGCCGGUAUGUACCGUAUAGGCCGAGUAUGGAAAGGGUGCAAGAGGCGCCGGUGGAGUUACCAGCUAGGGAUGUGAGGACACCGCCAGCGUGAAAUGAGACAUGGGUUCGGCAUUCUAGCUAUUAUCUACACACUUUAUCAUGUAUAUAUCAAAAUAUUAAGUGGU